AUGGUCCCUUCAGUUGAUGGCCGCCUCGCUAUCCUUGUUGGCAUUCCUUUGUCCUUGGUUGCUGUCACUGCCCUCAGGCGGUUCAUCGAGAGCCGGCGGAAUAAACCCUCUCUUCCCCCAGGCCCAGUGCCGCUCCCACUGGUAGGGAACGUCUUAUCUAUUGACACAAAAGAGCCUUGGUUGACGUAUACUGAAUGGCGUGCUACUUACGGGGACUUGAUCUUCGUGCGACUCCUAGACCAGGAAACGGUCGUGAUCAAUUCUCAGCAUGUGGCAGAAGCCUUGCUAGACAAGCGUUCUCGCAUUUACUCCGACAGACCGUACUUAGCUACACUCGAGCCAUAUGGCUGGACGAUCAACUUUGGAUUCAUAGGUUACGGUGACGAAUGGCGUCUUUGCCGACGACUCUUCCAUCAAACGUUCCGUCCCGAGUCUGCACUCAAAUUUCGUCCAAUGCAACUCAAGCGAGCUCGUGAGAUGGUGGUCAACCUAAUCGACGAACCUCAACAUUAUGAGUCCCACUUCGCAACAUUAUCGUCCUCUGUUGCGAUGUCAACCGUAUAUGACUACGAUGCCAGUGCUCGCGAUGAUCCUGUGGUCCAGCUCGUGAUCAAAGCGCUAGUUCCGGGCUUUACUGUGUUGACCCCGGAGAGAGCAAUGCUACUUAAAGCUUUCCCAUUCUUACUGAAGUUACCUGACUGGUGCUGGGGAUCCUCGAUCAAGCGUGGUGCUCGAUCUUCAAGGGAUCGCGUGAAUGAAAUGGCCGACGUGCCUUUUCGAUAUGUGCAGCAGCACAUGGCCGACAGCUCGCUCCUCGGUCAGUCCUCAAUGGUAGCAGAAAAUUUGCAACGGAUGGAGACGCAAGAUGAGGCCUCGAAACCAAUGUUCGAGACUGCUUUGAAGAAAGCGGCUACUACUGCUAUUCCUCAUAUGAGACACUUGAUGGUUUUUCUUCUCGCGAUGGUAUUAUAUCCAGAUGUUCAGAGACGUGCACAAACGGAGAUCGACUCAGUGAUUGGAAGAGAUCAGCUACCUACAUUUGAGGACAGAGCAUCACUACCCUACAUUGAGGCAGUUCUGCGGGAGACUUUCCGAUGGCAGCCUAUUGUACCCCUUGGUAACUUAGACUUCUUACUGUGUGAUCUCGCCUGUACUAAAGACGAUCUUCUAGGCGUGCCGCAUGCUACAUCGAGUGACGAUACAUAUAAUGGUUACUUCAUUCCAAAAGGAGCGACCGUUGUGUACAAUACAUGGGCCAUUUCACGGGAUGAAAAGCGGUACCCCAACGCAUCCCGUUUCAUGCCAGAGAGGUUCAUCGACGUCAACGGCGCGCUGACCAAUGAUGACCCUGCGGAGUACAUUUUUGGCCUAGGUCGGCGUAUAUGCGCAGGCCGGUCUACUGCCGAUGCCUCUGUAUGGUCUGCCAUUGUGACCAUGCUGGCUACAGUGGAUAUUUCUUCCGCCAAAGAUGACCAGGGUAAAGUGAUCGACUUCACCCCCGAGUUCAUCCCCGGAGUGGUUCGGUACUUAGCUUCCUCAUAUCCUUCUGACCUCCCGUGA